AUAUAUAAACCGUCACAUACAACUAUGCAGCAUAAAAUGCGGAACAUGAUACACAAUUUUAUUGCAUAGUGUCUGCAACAAAUUUCAUAAAGAAAGUGUAGUGCUUCUGGACUUUCUUGGUAUUUCCACAAAAUUGCAAAUAAUUGCAUUACUUGUGAAAUGUAAUCAGUAGUGUAGAUGUUAAAAUUCUAUUUAUGUCUUAUCAAAAAGUGUCAAUGUCGGGUAGUUAUACAAUAUGUAAACAGAAAAUAGGUCAUAGGUCAAGCUGAUAAGUGCUCAGUCUCAGACUUCAUAAAUAUUCAAGAGCAAAGAUAUGUCAGUGUGUGGUGAGAGUCUGAGAAGAAAGUGACCUACAGCAAUUCUGUGAAAGAUGAAUCCUAGUGGCAUGAUUGAACCCCCAAAAAGUUUGCUAAAGGCACUAAGUGUACCUAAAAAACUGUUGAUGGGUCCUGGACCAUCAAAUUGCUCACCUCGUGUUCUACAUUCUCUGAGUCAACAAGUCAUUGGUCAUUUGCAUCAGGAAUGCUUACAGAUCAUGGAUGAAAUAAAAGAAGGGCUGCAGUAUGUGUUUCAAACAAGAAACAGGUUGACACUUGCUGUUAGUGCCACUGGUCAUGCUGGAAUGGAAGCAGUUAUGUGUAACCUCAUAGAACCUGGGGACAUCGUCCUUGUUACGGUGAAUGGGAUCUGGGGAGAAAGAGCUGCUGACAUGGCUACUCGUUAUGGCGCUGUUGUACACAUGGUUGAGAAGCCGUUGGGCGAAAGCUUCAGCAUAUCAGAAAUUGAACAGGCAUUAAGAAAAUUCCAUCCAUCAUUGCUUUUUGUAGUUCAGGGAGAAUCUAGUACUGGUGUCUUCCAGCGGUGUUGUCAGCUUGGUCCAUUAUGCCACAAGUAUGGCUGCCUGCUUGCAGUAGACACAGUUGCAUCACUUGGUGGUGUUCAGUUUUAUGCUGACCGAUGGGAAGUAGAUGUUGUAUACACAGGCUCACAAAAGGUUCUUGGAGCUCCCCCAGGACUGGCACCUAUAAGUUUUAGUCCUCGUGCAGAAGCUAAAAUAAGAGGAAGGAGGACACCAGUAAAAGUUUUCUACCUUGACAUGACUUUGCUGGGAGACUACUGGGGCUGUUUUGGAAAUCCCAGAAUUUACCACCACACAGUGCCAGUAACUUUAUUAUACGGUCUGCGUGAAGGUCUGGCACAACUAGCAGAGGAAGGUUUACAGAAAUGCUGGGAAAGGCAUAAGAAUUGCAGUAUUCAGCUUCAUGAAGGGAUCACAAAACUUGGUCUUGACUUCUUUGUUAAAGACCCAACAAGUAGACUCCCUACAGUAACUGCUGUUUCUCUGCCUCCUCACAUUGAUGGACGAGCUGUAUCAAGAUAUGCAAUGGAAAGAUAUGGUCUGGAAAUAGCAGGUGGACUAGGUCCAACAGCUGGAAAGAUUAUGAGAAUUGGUCUAAUGGGAUACAAUGCAACUCCAGAAAAUGUCUCUCUCACAUUGGCUGUUCUCAAGGAAGCUCUUGCUCAUGCUACUGCUUCACGUCUUUAACUGAGAACUCCUUUACUUACUAUUUUACUAUUAUUAUAAUUGUUAGUGUAUCUUUGCAUGACUGGUUUAGUUACCAUCAAAAUUGUAAUGAUCAUAAUAAAGUUCUUUGUUAUGGCAGAUGUACAGUUUGUUAAGCAUGAAUAUGUAAUAGAUCUAAUAUUUUCAAAAUCUCUGCCCAUAACAACUAUGAGUGCUCUUAUUUCAUAUUUUUUUAAAAAUGUGCUGCCUAAUCUCUUAGUUAAAUUACUUAUCAUUUACAACCAGGUUUACUAUUUUUUACUCACCUGUGUGGUAACUUGUGAAUUCUCGAUCGUAACUGAAUCCUGACAAGUCUAGCUGCUGUAACUGAACAUCUUAUUUUGGAGUAAAGCAGCUUCCAUUUAUGAUUGUAUUUUACUGUAAUGCAAAGGUAUGAACAUUAAAAAUAAAAAAGAUUUAGUAUAUGGAAAUACUAACAUGAACUGAAUUUAUUGUAUUACAUUAUCAUUAUUGAAAAUAAUGUUUGGAGCUUGACUGAAAAUAUAACUCUUGCUGACCUGGUAUUACCAGUUUGCACAUUGA